ACCUUGGCCCCCAAGGCGCUAUAAAUAUAAAUACUUAUCGCGCCACUUUCAAAUUAGAAGUUAGACAAAUAAAACGAUAAAGCAGAAAGAAGUAUAAGAAACGAUAAAGCAUAUAAAUUCUCGCCGUAACUGUAAAGCUCCAUUGCCGCCACCUUCUCGCAGCGUCUCCAGGUCUCUUCUCUCAACGUCCACCGCCAUGCCAGAAACCGAGUCAAUUGAUAUUGAGUGGCCGGCAAAGCGCGUCAGAGACACAUUCGCGAAGUUCUUCGAAGAGAAGAAUCACGUCCAUUGGAAGUCCAGCGCUGUCGUUCCUCUCAAUGACCCUACUCUCCUCUUUGCUAACGCCGGGAUGAACCAGUUCAAGCCAAUUUUUUUGGGGACUGUUGAUCCUAAUACCGCGCUGAGUAAACUCACUCGUGCCUGCAAUAUCCAGAAGUGUAUCCGAGCAGGUGGUAAGCACAAUGAUCUUGAUGACGUGGGGAAAGACACUUACCAUCACACUUUCUUUGAGAUGCUUGGUAACUGGUCCUUUGGCGAUUACUUCAAAGAAGAAGCCAUUAGCUGGGCAUGGGAGCUUCUUACAGAAGUAUAUAACUUACCAUCAGAUCGUAUUUAUGUUACAUAUUUUGGUGGUGAUGAGAAAACUGGUCUUGGCCCUGACAAUGAAGCUAGAGAUAUAUGGUUAAAGUUUUUGCCUCCUGGACGCGUUCUUCCUUUUGGAAGUAAAGACAAUUUCUGGGAAAUGGGUGACACUGGUCCUUGUGGACCUUGCUCUGAAAUACAUUUUGACAGAAUUGGUAACCGCAACGCUUCAUCUUUCGUAAAUGAUGAGGAUCCUAACUGCAUUGAGUUAUGGAACCUUGUCUUCAUACAGUUCAAUAGGGAGGCUGACGGCUCUCUUAAAUCCCUGCCUGCAAAGCAUGUUGACACUGGCAUGGGUUUUGAACGACUGACCUCUAUACUGCAGCAUAAAAAUAGCAAUUAUGAUACUGAUGUCUUUGUGCCUAUCUUCGAUGCUAUUCAGCAGGCAACUGGUGCUCGACCAUACUCCGGGAAAGUUGGACCACAUGAUGCAGAUAAAGUUGACAUGGCAUACAGGGUUGUUGCAGAUCACAUCAGGACUCUGUCAAUUGCCAUUGCUGAUGGAUCUCAACCUGGUAAUGUUGGUCGCGAGUAUGUUCUGAGGCGUAUACUUCGUCGAGCAGUUCGGUAUGGAAGGGAAGUGCUAAAAGCUGAAGAGGGUUUUUUCAAUGGGCUUGUAAAUGUUGUGGCAAACGUGCUGGGUGAUGUUUUCCCCGAGCUAAAGCAAAAUGAAGAGCGCAUUAGGAAGAUGAUUCAAGUGGAGGAGGAAAGUUUCAGCAGAAACUUAUUUAAGGGCAUCAGAAAAUUUAACAAAGCCGUUGAACAUGUUCAGGGAAAUAUACUGAGCGGGGAGGUAGCGUUUGAGUUGUCCCAUACAUUUGGGUUCCCAUUAGAUCUCACACAGCUUAUGGCUGAAGAAAAGAAAUUUUCUGUUGACAUCGAAGGUUUUCAUCGUGCUAUGAAAGCCGCGAGGGAAAGAUCAAAAACUGCUCCAAAGAAGAAAGUUUUGUCUCUGAAAAGCAACGUGGAAACGUUAUCGAUUCCUGCAGCCAAGAAAGCUGAAAACAAGAUCGAGAUAGUCCUACCUCAGGAUCAAAUGAGAAAAGCACAAAAACAUGUUGCCGAAGAAGACAAACGGAAAGCUGUAAAGAUAACUACGGAGAAGGCAGACCUAGCUGUUUCCGACGGGAAAUAUUUUUGCAUAUCUCACGUUGAUGUUGGCCUGGAUGUUGCAGCCGUUCGUGAGGCUGUAAAAAAAGUCAUUGAUCAGAAGGGACUGUCGGUGAUGGUUUUUAGCACUGAUGAAUCUACAAACAAAGCUGUAGUGUGUGCUGGGGUGCCGGAGAAAGGAGACAAAGGUAAGCUGGAUGCAUCAGAAUGGCUGAGUAAUGCUUUGGGGCCACUGAAAGGGAGAUGUGGUAAAGGAAAAGGAGGUCUUGCAACGGGUCAGGGUACAGAUGCAUCACACCUAAAUGAGGCUAUGGGUCUUGCCGUGAAAUUUGCAUCUGUGAAAUUGACUUAAUGAUGCAAUGGAGUAUGUUCUUCUAGUGGUGAAAGCAUGAUAAUGCGGUCAUCAUCUGUAUAAAUCAUUCAGAAGGGAAGGACCCAUUGAUGUAAUUUAUUAAUCUGAAUAAGGUUGUGUUUGGCAACACAAAAAA